AUGGCAAGAGAGAACACCUUCAAGGAAGAGCUCAACACCCAGCAUCCUUCCUGGAUCUUGAACCAGCAUGAGGCAGCACAACGUCCCCAUUCCUGGACUCUAGAGAUGCUGUUACGCAGAUUGAAGGCCAGAGGAGCCAAGCAGGAUGACAAGUUUGCCAACGUCCUGGAAGCAGUGGGGGAAUUUGGCACAUUCCAGCGGAGGCUGGUGGCCCUCACCUUCAUCCCCAACAUCCUGUCAGCCUUCUUCAUGUUUGCUGACAUCUUCGUGUUCACAGCCCAGAAGCCCUAUUGCAAUACCAGCUGGAUACUGGCAGUGGGCCCCAACCUGUCAGAGGCUGAACAGAUGAAUCUGACCCUGCCCCGAGAACCCAAUGGCAGUUUCCUGACAUGCCUCAUGUACUUGCCUGUGGCCUGGGAUCUGGAUUCUAUCAUCCAAUUUGGCCUCAACCGCACAGAGUCAUGCCAAGAUGGGUGGAUCUAUCCUGAGACCAACAAGCGAUCACUGAUCAAUGAGUUUGACUUGGUGUGUGGCAAGGAACCGAACACAGAAACCGUGCAGACCAUGUUCUUGGUGGGCCUCCUGAUAGGGUCUCUCAUCUUCGGGUUCAUAAGUGACAAGCUGGGCCGCUACCCCACCAUCCUGCUGUCACUGCUGGGGAUGAUCAUCUUUGGCUUCGGAACUGCCUUUGUCAACAGCUUUCACCAGUAUCUGUUCUUCCGCUUUGGCGUGUCCCAGGCCUUGGUGGGCUAUGCCAUCAGCAGCGUGUCUCUAGCCACGGAGUGGCUAGUGGGCGAGCACCGGGCCCACGCCAUCAUCCUGGAACACUGCUUUUUCGCUGUGGGGGUCAUGUUCCUGACGGGGCUUGCCUACAGCCUUCCCCACUGGCGGCUGCUGUUUCUGGUGGGCGGGGCACCUGUAUUCCCCCUCGUCUUCUAUAUCUGGAUUCUCCCAGAGUCCCCGCGGUGGCUGAUGAUGAAAGGGAAGGUGGAGGAGUCCAAGCAGGUGCUGUGCUAUGCAGCUGGUGUGAACAAAAAGACCAUCCCUUUAAGUCUGCUGGACAAGCUGCAGCUGCCCGGAAAGAAGGUGACUAAGGCCUCUGUCCUGGACUUCUAUAACAAUAGGCACCUCCGCAAGGUGACCUUGGUGGUGGGCUGUGUGUGGUUUACUGUUGGUUACAGCUAUUUCACACUGAGCCUCAAGCUGAAGGAUUUUGGUGUGAACAUACACUUCAGACAGGUGAUUCCUGGCAUCAUGGAGGUGCCCGCCCGGCUGUGCUGUAUCUUUCUCCUCGAGCAGAUCGGGAGGAAGUGGAGCCUGGUUGUGACUCUCUUACAAGGCAUCAUCAUCUGCUUGCUUAUCCUUAUCCUCCCCUCAGAGUGGAAAUCCGUGAUGGUCUUGAUGGUCGUGUUCGGAGAGUUCAGCAUGGCUGCCUUGGUCACCGUGUUCUUCAUCUAUACUGCAGAGCUCCUCCCCACUGUCCUCAGGGCGACAGGUCUGGGGCUGGUGUCUCUGGCCUGGGCGGCUGGAGCCAUCUCGUCCCUGAUGCUCAUCAGGCAGAACCUCACCCUCCUACCCAUCUUUCUCUGCUGCAUCUCAGCUACCCUGGCCUUGUCCCUCUGCCCCCUGCUGCCGGAAACACAAGAUCGGCCCCUUUCUGAUAGCCUGGAGAACUAUCCCCCACAGUCAAGGAUCACGAGCGAGGAUAUGAUGUCUAACGAUAUGUUAUGCGAUGAUGUGACUGAGGAAGUGGCGAAGAACACCAUUCUCAAUGCCAUGAUGCCGAAAUUGGACAUAGAUGUCCUCUCCUCCUCAUCACAGUCCAGAAAAGAGGAAGCAGGCAGACGGGAUGAAUGA